UUGGGAUUUUUUUAUUUAUAAUAAGCAAACAUUUCUCAUGGAAAUUCAAUAAACAUUCUACUCAAUAAUCUUGGUCUAUUCGUCACUGAUAACUAAAUUAAAUCUGAUCCCAAAUGUUUGAUAGAGCCUCUUUUAAACACGCCAACUCCUGAGUGGUAUCCAAUAGGCUAGAAUCCACUGCUCCAAUGAACCGCCUCCAUGUGGAUUUCAAACGAUCUCAGACUGUCAUCCAACACUGAGAACUAAGAAAAUGUGAAUAUUAACAAUUGUUGAUGAAUAAUCUCGUUUUCCGUUUGUUUACAUCUGUCUCUGCUCAACUACUGUUAUGAAGUGCUUUACUCAUCUAUUUUCCGUAUUUGGCCUACCAGCAUACGUGUUCUCGGAUGAGGGUACGGUUCCUUCAACUGGUAUAUUGGAACUUCAAAACAAAAAGCAUUAUGUGUCCUCUUGAUAUGGAUGAAUGAAUAGCUUGUUUAUUUUGUAGAUUAUGGAGAAGCUAAACAAAGACCUGGACUUCUCCCUCUACUCCUCAACUCUCCGUCCACUGGUUAUCCUGAUGAAAUUCACUGGUGGCAUAUCUCUGAGAAAUGUCUUUUGCCACCAUGCCUACGAUCUGAAGCCUUCCAGAGGGAUAUCAAUAGGCACUGUUCUACUCUUGCUACUGAAUGUUUUUGUUUAUUAUCAUUUUGGAGAUGAUAUCCCAAUGCCUGCCAUUGUCUUCAAUCUUGUCUGUUCUAUAUUGGGUUGUGCUCAUUUUUUUAACUGCAAUCUGACGGAUAAUACAUUGCUUAAAGCAUUGGUAGCCAUAGAAGAUUUUGAUAUACAAUUAAAACUGAACUCAUACUACACCAAAACUCCAUGGAAGAAAUAUAAAAUCUACUGCUGGAUAUUGAUUUUGAUGUCAUUAGGUAUUCUUAGAAUGGCAAAAACAGCUUAUCAUAGAUACCGUGCUAACGAUAUCGAUUUCCUAGCUCAAUAUUUACUCAAUAUUCUGAUGGAAAUUCUAUGGAACAUUGACGUGAAUACUCUCUACUUGCUUAUCUGUUACGAAAUAUCAUUAAGAUUUGCGGACAUGAAGAAUGUUACAAUGAAAUUUAAAUAUGGAAUGAAAGCCAGAGGAAAUUGUCAACUAAUGGCAAGGAACUUGGAGGAGCUGAGAAUCCUACAUGGUCAAUUAUGCUUGGCCACCAAACAUUUCUAUGAUGCUUUUCUGCAAAGAAUUAUGCUUUUCAUACUGUUGAGAACUUUCAUCAUCCUGCAUCAUUGCAACGUUCUGUUGUUCACUUCCAAUCCGGCUAAACACAAAAAAAUGUUUCUGGAUGUGUCUUUGAUGUUAAUCAAUAUUUAUGUAUUGACGUCUUCAACUGGCUACUUUCUCAAUGAGAAUAGAGCAGUGAUGUUUCUUGUUAGAAAUAUGGAUGCGGAAGACCACUGUCCUGAACUCAGGAAUCAGAUAUUUUUCUAUGAAGCUGAGGCUAACUACUUGAAAAAGCGGAUCUUUGAAAGAAAAACGUUCAAACUUGAUAGGGAUACAUUCUCGGGCAUUGUGUCUUUGCUUGUAACAUUGCUGAUUGUAUCCAUCCAACUGCCUUCAGUUGUAGAAAAUUGGGCAUCGUUCUUCGAUAUGAGAUUUAGAAUUUCUGGAGACAAUUAUUUGAACUCAACAUUUUCAAACACAACUGCAAUUUAAACACACAAGAUUAGAUUAGUCUAGAUUAGUUUAGAAAAUCUUGUACAGUACUUUUGAAAAAUAGGGUUUUCUAUUUUUUAAAAGAGUUUUUAUCAAUAUAUAUUGCCCCUGUAUAGUAUGGUGAAGGUUUCUGCUCCACUUGUAGCCUAUUGCUGGCUAAUUCAUGAUACCGGUACUGUAAUUUUCUAAGACUCUCACUUCGUAUUUAUGAAUUAUAUUCAUUAUUGCACAAA